AUGUGGAAUGAUACGUUGGGUGAGAGGAACGUCGCCGGGACGGCUCUACAAAGCUUAGCAGUGGGUGUCAUCAGUGCUGUGGCUGUGGUGGCCAACGUGUCGCUGUUUCUGGUGGUGCUGAACACGCGACACUUGCGCAACGAGUCCAACGUUUUGAUCUUGAGCCUGUCCCUGGCAGAUCUCCUCGUCUCAGCUGUCAGCAUGCCAAUAACCAUGGCAACCAUAAUCUUUGGCACUUGGAAAUUCACCAGAACCACCUGCGUGGCAGUAGGCUACAUCAACAUGCUUACCUUCACGGCAUCUGUCCAGUCACUAGCAGUCAUCAGUGUUAACCGUUACGUCAAAAUUUGUCGACCAUCAAAGUUUGCAGACAUCUACACCUACAAGAGUGUUCUAGGCAUGUGUCUUGCUUUUUAA